AUGGACAACUCCCUCCUGGGCAUCCACAACGCCUAUGGCAAGCCGCGGGAAGAAAUCCCGCACCAGGAAUUCCACUCGGAUCUCGAUCUUACCGAGAAACUCGAUUGUUAUACGGACGACCAGAGUUAUCGAGAACCGCCUCCAAAUCCGCGUCUGGACCCAACAGUGAGACUCAACAAGGCCAGUUUCACCCUUCUGCCCAUGGACGAGUUUGAUCUGGACGUGACGCCCGCGCUGGAACAGAUAGGAUACCAGAUGACUGAAGAGUUUACCUUGCCUGAUGAAUACAUGCAAGAACAGCCCGAGGUGGAAGGGGUGGAAUAUGAUAUGGACGAGCAGGAUGCUUUUUUCAUGGAUAUGGUUACGGAACAGUGGCCACCCGCCGAAGAUAGCAGAGAUUUCGGUGAAAGUGGUGCCGAUGGUGCUCCCGAUACCGAUCAAGCUGUUGCUUCAGACUCAGCUACUUCACCACCACCUUCAUCACCCACAUACAACGCCGAUGGACAACUCAUUCUCCGAGGAUACACACCGCAACCGCCACAAGGACCGUUUCCGCCGACUCACGAAAUGUUUGAAUACGUGGUUACUCUCAUAGAACGCCACUGGUUCUCGCUGGCAUCUUCCAUGCCUCCAAAGCCGCCCCAGACACACGACGAAAUGGACUCGCUGGAUGACCAAGCAUGUUGCAUCUGCGGCGAGUCCGAGUGUGACAACUCUAACGCCAUUGUAUACUGCGACGGCUGCGAUAUGGCGUGUCAUCAGGAAUGCUACGGAGUGACCCACAUUCCUGAGGGCCAGUGGCUGUGUCGAAAAUGCAGCUUCUCACGUGCGCGACGACGAAACAAGAAGGGAACGUGCAUCUUUUGUCCUUCCCAGGUUGGAGCAUUCAAAAUGACCACGCAAAAGAACUGGGGACAUGUUAUUUGCGCGUUGUGGAUCCCCGAAAUCAAGAUUGGUGGUCGUAACAUGGAGCCCAUCAGUCACGUCCGUGACGUCCCCCGUAGCCGCUGGAAGCUACAUUGUUACAUUUGCAAGCAGCGCAUGGGUGCAUGUAUCCAAUGUGCACGGGGCAGCUGUGUGCAGGCAUUUCACGUGACCUGUGCCAGACGAGCAGGUCUACAGAUGGAAAUGCUCCAUGGCGUUCAGGGCGCAAUUUUUGACGCAGGAUCUAUGAGAGCGUAUUGUCACAAUCAUGGAGGAGACGACGACACUCUAAUGAGGAUAAAGGCGCUGCGAAAGUGGUUUGCCGAGAGGUAUGAUGGUAAAGGUAGGAGGAAGGCCAUUGAGGACGUUGCUACUACGACAGAGUCCUCUGAACUUGGUAGCGAAGCUCCUACUCCGAGAGGUGGGGAGGGAAAUGUGGCUACGACAACGGUCGAAGACGUUGUUAGUACCCCUGUGGACACGCCUGUCGAAAUGGGCACCUCACAGACCCCUCAGCCAGCUACUCCUUGUGGAGAGGAAGGCAGGGACUUCCCAACUCCCUCAGAAGCAGAUCAAACAGUUGUUACUGAGGUCUAUCCCACCUGGAAAACACCCGCAGGUACUCCUCUUCUGCCCAAAGUCAUCAUCGACCGCAUCUGUGAUGCUUUGGAGCCGUUCAAGAUCUCGCACUGUCGCAAGUUUGUGACUAUGGUGGCCCGGUACUGGGCUCUGAAGCGGGAGUUCAAACGGGGCGCUGCGCUCAUCAAACGGCUCAAUAUCGCUCUGGAAAACUCGCAAGCUGUGGCCUCCACUCAACUCGAGUCUGUGGAGGACAGACAGAAGCGAUACAGAGACAUGAUUGUCCUGAUAAACGAGCUGGAGCGAAUCAAGGUGCGGGUAAAGCUACUUGCUGAACGAGAAUCCGUCAAGCUGGAUUAUCUCAAGGUCCAGGGUGAGCUCAUCCGAACGCUUCUCCUGCCUGUUACAGCCCUAUGUCUCAGGCUGUGCGACGAGAUGACCGAGCAGGAUUCCAAUGGGUACUUUCUGGAGAUUCCCGAGAUUCCGGGUUACAGAGAGGUGGUCGAAUGCCCCAUGUCCAUGACGGAGAUUCGGGAAAAGACCCUGAAUCUGGAGUACGACCAUGUGGCCCAGAUGCUGCCAGACUUCGAAGUCAUGUUUGACAAUGCGUUUGUCUACAAUGAUAGUGAAGCUCCUGUGUGUGUGGAGGCCACGAGAUUAAGGGGCGUGGUGAGAGGGCUGGUGGAAGAAUACACGGAGAAGGAGAAGGAGAAAGAGUACCAGAGGUGUUUUGGGGAGGGGGAGAAAGGGGAGGUAGGGAAGGAGGUGAGAGAGGCGCAGAAGAGGCCGUUCACUGCUAUUGAGUAG